GUGAAGGCACAAUAUACAACACGCGGUAGACUCGUAGAAAAAACGGCGGAGCGAAUCGAAUGGCAGGGAUGACGAUGUUUGUUGUCACUCGCGACGGGACGUCGGUUUGAAUCGUGGCCUUGUCGAUUCGGCCAGUUCGGCACCGAUCGCCUCGCGAGCACCGUACGAUUCUUUCACGACCACGAGCGUGCCGCCAGUUUUAUUACGUGUUGCACGAUCAUGUUCCGGACGAAAUGCAAGGAGCACGAUCACUCAUCGUCCUACAAGUUCCUGCAAAUGGAGCACAACCACAAGAACUUGGAUUGCUACUUCUUCUACUAUUCCACGUGUAAGAAGGGUAUCUUUUGCCCAUACAGACAUGAACCAUCUGCUCUGGGAUGUGAAACAAUGUGCACAUACUGGCAGCAGGGAAAUUGCCUUAAUGAGCAUUGUAAUUUCAGACAUAUGGAGCUAAAGAAAAAUCGUAAGUCAAUUCCUUGUUAUUGGGAAACACAACCUGGAGGAUGCAGAAAGCCACAUUGUCCAUUUAUGCAUGCGAGUCCACGCACUAUUUCUAGUGACCCUAUUAAUCCUGUGAAGACCACAGAAGUGACAACAAAAUCUCCGAAUCAAGAGUGGCUCAACCGUCAAGAUGAUCCAAAAUAUGAUGGCAGCAGUACUACUGAGUCGGACCAAGGUAGAGGAAACAGCGAGGCUGGUAGUUUUAUCGGCAGUCCCGCCGUCGAUCCUCUCAUCGUUAAAUUCGAAGAAGAAUCCGAUAAUGAAAGCGCACCAUCACCGGUAAAAUCGCAACCCAAGGUACCAUAUUGCAAGACCUACGAGCAGAUGAGACUUGAGGAAAUUCAAGCGGAGAGUGCUGCUUAUUAUUCGUAUGAAGCCGGUAAUGACGAGGGAGUUUAUCAAAGACAAAUAGGCAAGACGGCCGGGACUAAUCAGUGGAUCAGUCCAUCCAGAAUCAGGAAAAAUGAACCAACGAAAGAAUUGAGUUUCAAGGUUUUGAGUCUGGAGGAGAUUCGACAACGAAAGAAGGAGAAGGAACUGAUCGUUAAAGCAAUGACGAACACGGCGUCCGUCUCAGAGUCUUCUUUAUCAACUGAAGCGAAGAGUUCAAAAAGGCGCUCAAUUGAAGAGCAAUGCGACAAGGAGAGUGUUAGUCCGCCAAAGAAGUGCAAGGUCAGCUCUGAGUUUGUCAAGAGUAGCGAACCUAUUAUUAAAGUGCGUCCGGUGAAAUUACGAAGAUCCCUGAAGAGCGUUUCGAGGGAGACGGAGCUGUGUGGAAGCGCGACUGUAAAUAAACAUGGGGCGAUGGACAGUCAGGACAACCAGACCUCUUGUUGCGAGAGGCGAGAGAGUCACAGUGACGAGACGUCUUGUCGUGAGAGGCUGGAGAGCCAGAGCGACGAAUCGAUUAAUGUCAACAGGAGAGUCGAUGUGGAGAUCAGACUGUGCGACAGUAGCACGAACGAAGAAAAAACCCAAACGCAACCGGAACAAGCAACAGAAGACAGGAAAUCAGUUGCCACAUAUACGACGGAGGAUAUUAUGAAUACAGUGUUGUUGGACGUCAGUCAGCCGUACACGCAAACCGACGAGGAAUAUCUGAGGCUGGAUACGUCGUCCGACGAUAUUAUGCGGGAUAUCGAAGACUUGCUCAAAAGAAAUCCAGGGUUAAACGUGCCGGCAGAUCGCAAUGGAUGAUUUCUAGUGAGGAUUUAGAGAAUACAACAUGUCUUCAAGUGUAAAUUAAUUAUUAAGUUGAAAUAAAUAUACAAUUGUUACAUUUGCAAGGUAAAA